AUGCCGGCGAACCGGGUCGCGGAGAAUGUCUUUGGAACAAUGGGCACGAUUUGCUGGACUGUGCAGCUUACGCCCCAAGUCUGGAAGUCGUACCGGGACAAAUCGACGCAGGGGCUGUCGCCAUGGCUCGUACUCUGCUGGGGCAUCUCGGCUGGCUUUUUCGGCGUCUACGCUAUUGUCCAGAACCUCAACAUCCCCCUGAUCAUCCAGCCACAGCUCUUCGGGCUGCUCUGUAUGGUCUCGUGGGGCCAGUGUCAGUAUUACGGCUCCCCCCGACCCAAACGGCACUCAUUGCUGCUCGGACUCGCGGCAUUGCUGCUCCUGGGCGGCGUCGAGGCCGCAAUGGUGUUUUCGAUUCGCCCGUCAAUGAACCCACGCGCAAUCAUGUUCUUUGGCAUCUUCAGCUCCGUGUUACUCGCCCUGGGGCUGUUGGCACAGUACUACGAGAUCUACCAGCGCAAGGAGGUCGUCGGGGUCUCGAUCUUGUUCAUGACUAUUGACCUAAUGGGGGGCGUUUUCUCGGACUUGUCGCUGGUAUUCAAGCCCAAGUUCGACGGCAUUGCGGCCAUUUCUUACAGCAUUGUCAUUGCAAUGGAUGCGGGUGUCAUACUCUCUGCAUUACUCUUGAACCCACGCGCGAGACGGCGAAGACGGCGAGUGGAGGAUGGUGAAAUUAGAGGCGUCGAGAACCGAAGUCUGUCAUAA